GUCGGUAAAAUUAUCAUGAUAAGGUGUUGUGAUUUGUUUAUGCGCGUGCGAGAUAGUCAGCUGUGUACUACUUCAGACCGAUUCAUGGACGGCAUUUGUAUGUACAUUCACCCCGCUCCUUUCCUAUCUUGAACGUAUUUGCACUGCUCACCGCAUACAUUGUCACCUUAUGAUUUAAAUUGUUCUUAAUAAUUUCCGGCACUGGGUAUUUAGUUUUUUUUUGACCCCUACUCCAAAGGCUAGCCGUGUUGUCGCCAACGGACCGCCGGGUCAAACGUCGGACGGGUUGUCGGAAAUUAGCCAUCGUCGGAACUGGUACGUUAAUUUUCGUUCGGAGCGGUUGUGAUUUUUUUUGUGUGCGCUACAACUGUUUUGUAUAUAUUUUUUUUUUGUCGCGAGUGUCCGCUAUUUUUGUUUAUAAUGUAAAUUCUUUGUUUGUUGGCGUCGGCUGAACCUGUCUCCGGUUUUCUUUAGACCUUCGGGGCUGCUUGUCCAAUAUGUUUAGACGACCUAAUAGAAGAUGUUUCUCAAACUAUGUGCUGUCAUAACAAAUUUCAUUCUGAAUGUUUAAAUUAUUGGAUUAAUAAACCUAACAAUUGUCCAUUAUGUCGCCAAGAUCCAUUUGAAAAGUGUCAGUUGUGUCAAAAAUUUUUACAUAAGCAUGUGACUAAUGUACAUUGUUGCGGAAGUCAGUUUCAUAACAAAUGUUUAGGUAAAUGGCUAACUCAAUCGAGUACAUGUCCUAAAUGUUAUAUAAAUUUAAUACCAAAGUGUCAAUUAUGUCAACAAUCAUUACGUGAUGAUGUGGCUAAUUUACAAUGUUGCAAAAGUCAGUUUCAUAACAAAUGUUUAGACAAAUGGUUAACUAAAUCGAAUGCGUGUCCUAAAUGUAAUAAUACAGAAUUAUUAACACAAUGUCAGUUGUGUAAAAAAUUUCCUAAUUCGGAUAUGACUUAUGUAAAGUGCUGUAAAAGUAUAAUUCAUAAUAAAUGUUUGGAUGAAUGGUUAAAAAAACAAAUAUAUGAAUGCCCUAAUUGUAAUAAUUAUUUAGAAAGAGAAUGUAAAAUGUGUCAUAAAUCUUUAUUUGUGGAUUUAACUAAUGUGAAAUGCAUAAUUUGUAAUUUUGAGUUUCAUAAGGAAUGCUUUGAUGAAUGGUUUAAACAAAAUAUAUGUGGUUGUCCUAAUUGUCAUAAACAUUUAAUAACAGGCGUUGACGUAUGUCAAAUAUGUCGAAAAUUUUUAAAUGAUGAUGUCACUAAUGUAAAGUGUUGCAAAAGUCAGUUUCAUCAGAAAUGUUUGGAUUAUCGGUUAACUAAAUGUGUUGCAUGUCCUACGUGUAGAGCAGAUUUGAUACCAGAUUAUGACAAAACUAUGGUCUGUUCUAACUGUAAAUAUAAAAGAAUUAAAACGGAUUUGGAUUUGGUAAAAAUGAAAUGUUGUGGUGUCAAUUUGUGUAGGUUUUGUAUUGGACAUCCAUCGAGAAAUAACUGUUUGUGCGGAAGAAGCUUUUUGGAAGAAAAUGUCGUCUGCCAUAUAUGUAAAAAUCCAGAAGGUAUCAUUAUAGGGAAUUCGGUAGUAAUGAAAUGUUGUGGUAAAAGUUUAUGUAAUGUAUGUAUAAAUUAUCAAAUGAAAACUAGAUGUUUGUGCGGAGAAUACUUAGUGAGAGGAAUUCCUUUCAAACCCGUAAGAAAAUGUACAAUGUGUCAUAAAAAUAUUGGAAAAUAUAAUUUUUCUUCUCUUUGUCCACAAAUAUAUUGCAAGGAUUGCUUUAAAUACACGAAAAAACAUUAUAAGUGUUGCAAAUAUUGUCAAGAAAAAUAGCGGAAAGUAAUUUUUAAUUUUAUGUUUAAUUUGUCAUUUAAGCAUUAUACAAUAAAAAAUUUACUCAUUGUUUAAAAUGUUUUAAAUAUUUAAAGCUGUUGUCAUAUACUCGUCACUAUUAUAACAUAAAAUAACAGUGGGCUACUCGUGUCCACAAUAAUUGUUUUUCAUUUAAGAUUGUUAACACUUAUUUAUAAAUUAUAUUCGUAUGCUUAAAAUAACAUGAUUGCUAUUAAAUAAAUAACUUUGAGAAAUA